UCCGUCAGAACCUGGUUGCAUUAUCUCUCCCUCCCCUCCCAGAAAAGUAUGGCUGUUGGCAAGACUAAGCGCGUAAUCAAGGGCGGUAAGAAGGGUUUAAAAAAGAAAGCCGUCGAUCCCUUCUCUCGCAAAGAAUGGUUUGACAUCAAGGCUCCAGCCUACUUCGAUGUUAAAACUGUCGGCAAGACUCUCGCCAACCGGACACAAGGCACCAAAACUUCCGCGGAGGCUGUCCGUCAUCGUCUGCUCGAGGUUUGCCUCGCUGACCUCACCAAAGAUGAAGAUCAGUCCUUCCGUAAGAUCAAGCUCCGUGUCGAGGAUGUCCAGGGCAAGACCGCUUACACAAACUUCCAUGGCUUAAACUUCACCUCUGACAAGAUGAGGUCACUUGUCCGCAAGUGGCAGACGCUCAUCGAGGCCGACAUUGACCUAAAGACAACUGACGGCUACCUUCUUCGCCUUUUUGCCAUUGGAUUCACCAAGCGUCGUCCAAACCAAGUCAAGAAGACCUGCUACGCCACAUCGUCGCAAGUUCGUCAAAUCCGCAAGAAGAUGUUUGAAGUUAUGACUCGCGAGACUGUCAACGAGGACCUGAAGGGAUUCGUACAAAAGCUUGUACCGGAGGCUAUUGGGCGUGAGAUCGAGAAGGCUUGCCGGGGGAUAUUCCCAUUGCAGAAUGUCCACAUCCGGAAAGUGAAAGUGCUGAAGACCCCCAAGUUGGAUGCCUCCAAGCUCGCGGAACUUCAUGGAGACGUCGCUGACGAUACUGGGACAAAGGUGGUACAGAAGGGGGAAUUCAAGGAGCCAAAGAUCCUCGAUUCUGUCUAACUGUUUCGGCCCUUGUUGUGCACCUUCAUCAUCCCACUCAUGCAUCCAUAUGCCUGUCUUUACUAUUAAUUCGAAAUUAGGAGUAAGCGCAUGCUAUCGACUCGUAUGGUUGGAGCCACAAUCCAUAAACCCAGUAACGACAUGCACGAAAUCUCUUUUUUUGUCUGGAAGGCUGUGUUUCUUAGGGCAAAGCUGAGACCCAAAGCUUGGACAUGGUGUUUCUUGCGUAACUGGCCAACGACGUGAAUUAGUGUCGCGCUAUUCGAACUUCAAAAUGAUAUUGGUGAAGUCUUGACACUUAUGUUCCACAGACACUUACGUCGUUCAGUUGACAGUUGCGGGUUCGGUUACCGAGAUCUACUCACUUAGCAACUGAUCACAAACCACUGCGCCGACAAGUGAGUGGGUUGUUUCUGAGUAUCUAUGG